GGGCACUGGGGGGGCCACCCCUGGAAUCUUGUGCGCAGCUUUGGGAUCCUCACUAGAGGAAAGACACUGAGGGGCUGGAGUGUGUCCAGAGAAGGAAACGGAGCUGGGGAAGGGUCUGGAGGACAAGUGUGGUGAGGAGCAGCUGAGGGAGCUGCAGGGACUCAACCUGGAGAAAAGGAGGCUCAGGUGGGACCUUCUGGCUCUGCACAGCUCCUGACAGGAGGAGCAGCCAGGUGGGAGUGGGCCCCUGCUCCCAGCAAUGAGUGUCACAAGAGGACAAAGCCUCAGGGCAGGAUCAAGUUGGACAUCAGGAGAUAUUUCUUCACAGAAAAGACAGGGCAGAAUUAGGCAUGACAGUAGCAGUCCUCUGAAGAAGCCAGAAAAAGUGAGAAGAGGAGCACUCUGGAAGGAGUUCAUGAACUGCACAAGCCAAGGAUGCUCAACUGACACUCAAAAGUCUGUUUUUCAUGACCAGCUGUGCUUGAGAAGGUCGUCACUUGUCUCAGGAAGAAACAUAUCAUAUUCUUUGCACAGAUUGUUUCUCCUCAGCUAGGCCAGGUUGGAAGAAAUUUCUUGAAACUUCUCCUAAAGAAAAGAUCAUCCUGUUAUUUUUAAAUCAGAUGUCUGGCCUGGGGAAAUAUAGACCACUGGGUUUAGGCUUUAUAGGAAGCCAGGUUUUAGGACAUACUCUGAAAGAAAAUAUUAAAGAUGGAAAGAUAAAAAAGAAAAAAAAAUGGGUUUACCAAUGGUAGACUGCCAAACUGAACUGAUACCAUUUUAUGAUAAGAUAACUGAUUUUUCUAGACAAGUGAAAUUUAAUAGAUCUAAUCUGCCUGGACUUCAAGAAAACAUUUAAUAUGGUCCAUGCUAGAAAUUUUUAUCAAAGCUAGAGGGGAUGGGGAUUAGUUGAGGAGUUAGAUGAGGAGCUAUAAAUAUGUAAGGAGCUGGCUGGUGAAUUAUUAGGGAAGGGCAACAGAGUUCUUGAUCAGAUAGGCUAGAGCCACUGCUCCCUUUCCUUUACUUGCAAACCAGAGUAUGUUAUUUCAGACUGCUGAUGACACAAAGCCAGAGACUGUUAGCACAGAGUGGAAUCAGAGUGAAGAUUGAGAGUGAAGAAGAAGAAGAAGAAGAAGAAGAAGAAGAAGAAGAAGAAGAAGAAGAAGAAGAAGAAGAAGAAGAAGAAGAAGAAGAAGAAGAAGAAGAAGAAGAAGAAGAAGAAGAAGAAGAAGAAGAAGAAGAAGAAGAAGAAGAAGAAGAAGAAACUAGAACUAGAAAGAAACCUUUUUAGUAAAGUGGUGUCUUGUGUUGAGGCACAAAUAAUCUCAUUUGUUCUCUAUGUCCAAAGUUCUAAGGAAUACAGAAGAAGGAAAUAAUGAGGGAUAAAAACUUGCAUGUUUUAUCCAGUCAGCAGCUAUGGAUCACCAACAUGAAGUGCUAGUAGUAGAAGUAGUAGUAGUAGUAGUAGUAGUAGUAGUAGUAGUAGUAGUAGUAAUAAUAAUAAUAAUAAUAAUAGGAGGA